GUUUAAACUGUCACGAGCAACGUCAAAGACAAAACGUGUGCGAAAAUUUAAAUUUAAUUGUUUUAUUCCACAUUUUUUGUGUCGAAUAAUAAAUAAUUAUUUUACAGACGGUCAUUUUUGUGUCGAAUAAUAAAUAAUUAUUUUACAGACGGUCGAUUUUUUGUGUCGAAUAAUAAAUAAUUAUUUUAGAGAUUUUUUUUUUCGAAUAAUAAUUAUAUUUUUUUUUUAAUUAAACGCGAGUGUGGCGGGUUUAUUGUGGACAAUGAGCGUAUUUUGUGAUUAUUUGGAUUACAAUACAUUUGAAGAAGUGAUAACUACGAAGAAGAUUGGGAGUGCUAUAAUAUUGAACUAUAAUAGUAUGACAUGAAUAAUAAUAUAAUAAUAAUAGUAAAACCAAGUACCAAACUAGAGAGAAUACUUUUAUAAUCGUUAUAAUAAGAUUUAUUUUAUAAUUAAUCAUAAUAAUAAUACAUACAAAUUAUCACAUAAUUAUUUUAAUAAUACAUUUUAUCUAUCUAAAAUAAAUAAAAUAAGAAUUAAUAAUAAUAAAAUUACAUUUAAUGAAAAUAUAAUUUCAUUAAUUAAUUAAUACUUAUAAUAUAAUAGUUAUUAUUAUAUUAUUAUAAGUUGAGAAGAAAGAACAAGAAGAAGCAACAAUGUAUACAUACAACCGUCUGUUCAUUCAGCUGAUGCUGGGAUUCUUCGCCCUGUCAGCAGGAUGCUUCAUCAUGUUCGCGAAACCAUAUGAUUUCUUCUUCAAGCAGAAAGCCGUAUUAUCAGAUGGGGGUGAGAUCUUCGAGAUGUGGAGGAAGCCAGAAGUGGAACUCUACACGAAAGUCUACCUGUUCAACAUCACCAACGCUGAGGAGUACAUGUCUGGAGUAGAUGAUAAGAUCAAGGUCCAAGAAGUUGGGCCUUAUGUUUAUAGAGAAUCCCUAGAGCAUAAUGUGACGCAAUUCAACGACAAUGGCACCCUAUCAGCGAUCCCUAAACAUCCCCUAACUUGGGUGGAGGAAUUGUCUGAAGGAAACCAAGAAAACGACACACUCUACCUACCCCACAUCGCUUUGUUGAGCAUAGCCAACGUGGUUUCCCAAAAAGACUUAUUCACCCGUUUUGGUCUAAACAACCUGAUAUCUCUGACCAAUACGAAGCCGAUAGCCAAAAUGACUGCGCGUGAGUUCAUGAUGGGCUACAAAUCGGAGUUGAUGACUCUGGGCAACACUUUCAUGCCCGGCUGGAUCUACUUCGACAAACUUGGGCUUAUUGAUCGGAUGUAUGACUUUGAUGGCGAUUUCGAAACGGUUUUCACUGGAGCUGAUGAUGUGAGGAACUCAGGUCUGAUCGACACCUACCGAGGAUCGACAGACUUGCCCCAGUGGGAGGGAAAGCAUUGUUCCAACGUGCAGUAUGCCUCCGAUGGCACCAAGUUCCGUGGUGGUGUCACCAAGAAUGAGAGCAUACUGUUUUAUAGGAAGAGUCUGUGCAGGGCUGCUCCUUUGGUACCAAUAGAUGAAGGAGUGAAGAGUGGACUGAAAGGCUACAAGUACACCUUCCCUGAAAACAUGCUCGACAAUGGGAAAUACAUCAAGGAAAACGAAUGCUUCUGCCGUCAUGGAAAAUGUCUACCAGCUGGUCUGAUAGACGUGACGGACUGUUACUACGGCUUCCCCAUAGCCCUCUCAUACCCUCACUUCUGGAAGGGUGAUGAAAUUCUCUCCAGCAAAGUCGAAGGUCUCUCUCCAAACCCUGAACUCCAUGAGACUGCAUUCUGGAUUGAACCCGUCUCUGGUCUACCUCUGGACGUGAGCUCCAAGUUCCAGAUCAACAUGGCGCUCGGAGACAUCACCUCCAUCAAGAAUGCUGAACGAUUCGCCAAUAUGUACCUCCCUUUACUCUGGUUCGAUAUUACAAUGAAUUCCUUACCACCAUCGAUGAAACAGCGCUUCGGUCUAUACCUGAACAUCCUCCCACUAGUGGAACAAGGAGCCAUGUACCUCCUCUUCAUCACAGGAGCAAUCUUCAUCCUCUCAACUGUCUACGUCCUCACUUUCAAGAUUAUGUUCAGAAAACAACAGAACUUCGACCAAUGGAAGGAAAACGAAGGCAUAUAUGCCCGAUGCGAAGUCCCUAUGAGUGACACUGAUGUGGAAUCAGACAACAAACAUUCAAUUUUGAAAAAUCAUACGGAAAAAUUCAAAGAUUUGGGCGCAAAGUUCAGUGACCGUAUGUAUGAUACCGUUGGUAGUGUCAAAGACAGAGUAGUUGAGGAACUGCAUCAUGUUAAGCAUGUUUUUGAUAGAAGAAGCUCAAAACAUACUGAAACUGAUUUGAGGAAUGAUAAUAAUCAGUAUACAGCUAUUAAACAGAGCGACAGUGAUUCUGAUGACUGUAAAUAUCUAGAAGUACUUGAUGAUGGAUCAGGUCUGGUUCCAACCAAAUUUGAAACUGAACGGUCGGAGAAAUUGAAAGAAUUGGACUCCAAUGAGAGGAGGUAGACUUUUGGGCAAAAAUUUCAUGGUUGUAGACUUUUUUAGGCUUCUAGAUAGAUGCAUGGCUUGUGACUGGAAAAAUAAGGAAUAAUGACUGCUAAGGAGUGGAAUUCUUUGCCGGAGUCCGUGUUUCCUGAUUGUCUUCGAGCGGAGUGAAUAGAUUGCUUAUGGGUAGACGUGUUCCAUCGUAGGCCGCAUCAUCACUUACCAUCAGGCGAGAUAGCGGCUAAACGUCGACCCAUCAAAUAUAUGAAAAAAAAAUCCUGUUAGGGUUAUUUAAUUUUUUGCCUUUAUUAAGGGUGAAAAAGGGGGUGUGUAUGGAGAAAAUGCGUCUAAGAAAUUAAGGUACGAAUUUAAAUUAUAUCUUUACUGUGAAAUGUAAAGAUGAAAUAAUCUUGCCAUGGUCACGACUGAUAUUAUGUUUUUAGUUUUAUUUUGUCGAAUUUUAGUUUAUGACGUUUUAUUGCAGUAUAGAUUUUCCUAUUAAAUAAUAAUGCUUUUUACGAUAUUUGAAAGGGUAGGGUCGUUGUAUAAUAGAUUUUCCAUAGUUCUGUAUCUAGGAGUUGGAUUAUAAAUAACUUUCAGAUUAAAAAUAAUAAUAAAUACCUAUUAUUAAUAAUAACGAAAGUUAUAAGACAUAAUGUCUAUUUACUACACAAUUUAAUUUGCCUAUACCACUCCUGUUAUUAUUUCAAAAUAAUAAUGCAUUUUUUUUU